CGUCAGUGGGGCCGCCGCCGCCGCCAUCUUGGCCGGUGCGGGUUGCUGGCGCUGAAUCUUUGUGUUUGGGGGCGUGGGGCGGCGGGCGGCUGGAGGAGACAACCCCCGCGUCCGUGGGGCGGCUGGAGGAGACAACCCCCGCGUCCGUGGGGCGGCUGGAGGAGACAACCCCCGCGUCCGUGGGGCGGGCGGCUGGAGGAGACAACCCCCGCGUCCGUCGGGGAGCAUGUCCGCCUUUUCCGAGUCCGCCCUGGAAAAGAAACUGUCGGAGCUGAGCAACUCGCAACAGAGCGUGCAAACUCUGUCGCUCUGGCUGAUCCACCACCGCAAACACUCCAAGACCAUUGUGCUGGUGUGGCACCGGGAGCUCAAGAAAGCUAAACCAAGUAGAAAACUGACCUUCCUUUAUCUGGCAAAUGAUGUGAUUCAGAAUAGCAAGAAAAAGGGACCAGAAUUUACCAAGGACUUUGCACCAGUUUUGGUGGAUUCAUUUUCACAUGUUUCAAGUGAAUCCGAUGAGAAUUGCAAGAAGCACUUGGAAAGAGUAUUAGCUAUUUGGCAAGAGAGGAUGGUUUAUGAGAACAAUUUCAUUGACCAACUUAAGCAGAUUCUUUCAACCGAGAAAAAGGCCAAGAAACGUACCUUUGAACAAAUACAGGAGGAGGAAGAUGAUGACUAUCUUUCCAACAGCACACCUAAAGAACCACCAGAGACUCAGGAUCUAAUUAAAUCAUUGCAAGAACUGGAAAAUGCAGCUUCUGGUGAUGCAGCUGUUCGUCAGAAGAUUGCAUCAUUGCCACCGGAAGUUCAAGAUGUUUCUCUAUUAGACAAAAUAACUGACAAAGACUCUGCAGACAGACUUUCAAAAACAGUUGAUGAGGCCUGCAUGCUCUUGGCAGACUACAAUGGCAGAUUGGCUGCAGAAUUGGAAGAUCGCAAGCAGUUGGCACGUAUGCUGGCUGAUUUCAUCCGUAGUCAAAACGAAAUCCUAACGGAGAAAGAACAUAAACUGGAAGAGUACAAGCGCAAACUGGCCAAGGUGACGCAAGUGCGAAAAGAACUCAAGUCCCAUAUCCAGAGCCUCCCAGAUCUGUCUCAGCUUCCCAAUGUGACAGGUGGCUUGGCCCCAUUGCCCUCUGCAGGCGAUCUUUUUUCGGCUGAUUGAUAUGGAUUUUUCCACUUAAAAGACUUUUAAAGAGCAUCAAGGAAGGAAUUUUCAGAGCCCCCAUAUUUUUUUCUUGUUUUAAAAGGUCAGAAAAUUAUUUUGCUGCAGUGAUAUUUUUGUAUAUCUACAGGGUUGUGAUGCUAGCAAAAAAUAUGAAUAAAAAUAAAGGUAUUUAAAAAGAGUUCUGCUGUUUGACCACAGAAGAGACUGACCAUUUACCUGUACACAGUUUAUGUCUAUUUGUGACUGUUUAUUUGAUGAGUAAAUGUCAUUGAUAAAUCCAACAGUAUUUCAGAUGUUUGAAAGAAUUCAUUUUGAAUUGGAUCAUCAAGACAAUAUCAAGAGGCUGCUUAGUGUAUAAUUACCUUCAAAGGUAAUUUGGCCAGGUUGUUGCCAACUCAUUCCAUACAAAAAUAAUCCAUCACAUGAAGCACCUUUAAAGUUAUAUUUCCGAAUGUUUACUCACAAUAUAGCCUUUACUCAACAAUAUUUGUCCCUGCUCCCUUUGAAAACUAUGCUAAUGCAGGGGUUUUCUAACCAAAUGCAGAGCACCAAAUUAGAUUUCUGUAAGGGGCAUACAGCAUGGAUCGGAUGCAAUUUUCUUUAAUGUUUGACACUAUGGGUCAGCUUGCAUCAAAUGCUGCUUCCUAAAUUGAGUUGGAGUUGGAGGACUUUGCUUCUGUGCUAUGUAUUUGUACCACAACUUAACUUUAUUGAGUACACAAAGCAGAGUUUGGGUUAAGAAUGCUAUAAGAAGCAUUAAUUUCUCUCCUUCACAAUCCGUUAGUUUAAGAAAUGUAAUAAAGUUGUUUUUAUUUA